CUACAUGUGCACUUGCCCCGCGAUGGAUUGGAACUUCCCAUUUUCAACUUUACAACAAUGUUUAACAUUCUGGAUCAAAACCGAGCAACCCGAAUUCUAUCAUCUUCUACGCUUUUAUCUUUUAUUUUCCAUACAUAGUGCAAUAGAUACCCAUAGAAAUCAAGAUGCCUCCAAGACACCAGACCCUUCCACCGGCCCAGACCUCCUCCGCGCGCGCCGCCCUCCAAUCCUUUUACUGCGAGCUCUGUUCGAAAGGCUAUUCGCGCAUGAACGACUACGAGGCCCACUUGGGCAGCUACGAUCAUAGCCAUCGCCAGCGCAUGAAGGACAUGAAGCAGAUGGUCAAGGAUCCCACCGCAGGCGCACGCGCUAGGAAGGCCGAGGCAAAAGCAGACGGGCUCAUCAGUAUUAAACUAGGCGAUUCUAAUACAGGUAGUACUGGGGGUGGUGGAUUCAAGAAGGGAGGGUUCAAGAAGUCCGGCUUCAAGAGCGCAUUCACACCGAUAGGCGGAUCGGCCGACGAUGAAGAGAACAACAAACCGAAGGAAGCCGACACGAGCAACGUUAACAGCAAAGAAGAGAAGGUUAUACCGAGGGAUCUAAAUGCUGAGAGCGACACCGAUGAUGAGGGAUAUGAAGUCUAUAAUCCACGCUUCCCAACAGAUUGAAGUAUUCGUAGCCUAUGGUAUGUAUUCACAUAGAUACAUCUGACGAUACAUCCGGUAGGGCUGUUGGGAUCCAUACAUCCCGAGAUCUCAAAUUGGGGGAAAUCGGGAUCUGUAGCUACAAGUCGCGUCGAAGAACCGAGUGUACGAUACUUCACGACCGACACGCGUCACAAUAGCUACAUAGGCAGCUCCGCCGAGUAGGUACCUAAUGCUUCGUAGACCUUGAGAAAUAAGUUGAGUCCUAGGCAUGCUCAUGAAGCCGUGAUCAGGGUUUGGAGGUGAUCAAUUAGAAGCACAGGAUAUCCAUCAUCUCAUAAAAUAGUAGCUACAGAAUGAAUAUUACAACACAUGGCACCGAGACAUUGUAGAACUCUCGCGGAGAUGCUAGUGUUUACCGUUCACGCAAUACCAACAGCUCAAUUCCAUAAUUCCAGUUGACUGCAGAAGAUCUUCCUC